AUGAAGCCAUAUCAUCUCUUUGUCGCUGCAGGCAUGCUUGCCACUGUCCAUGGACACGGCUACCUGACUAUUCCCAAGAGUCGUACCCGUCUUGGAACAGAGGCUGGUCUCGACUCUUGCCCGGAAUGUACCAUUCGAGAGCCUGUGUCGGCUUGGCCUGACGUAGAGGCGGCAACCGUCGGUAGGAGCGGGCCAUGUGGGUACAACGCUCGAGUCAGCGUUGACUACAAUACGCCUACGAGCAACUAUGGCAACAGUCCAGUGGCCACUUACAAGGCUGGAGACAUCGUCGACGUCCAAUGGUGCGUCGACAACAACGGAGAUCAUGGCGGCAUGUUCAGUUACCGAAUCUGCCAGGAUCAGGACAUCGUUGAUAAGCUGUUGACGCCGGGCUACAUUCCCACCGACGCUGAGAAACAGGCCGCCGAAGAUUGUUUUCAAGACGGCUUGCUCCCAUGUACAGAUGUGUCUGGACAGACUUGUGGCUUCAACCCCGACUGUUCGUCAGGACAAGCAUGCUGGAGAAACGAUUGGUUCACUUGCAAUGCCUUUGGCGCAUCGUCAAGCCGCGGCUGUCAGGGCGUCGACAACGCUCCUCUUGGUUCGUGCUAUACCUCCAUCGCAGGCGGUUAUACUGUGUCUAAGAAGAUCAAAAUCCCCAACUAUGUUUCGAACCAUACGCUUCUGUCGUUGCGCUGGAAUUCCUUUCAGACGGGCCAAGUUUAUCUCACAUGUGCCGACAUCGCCAUUGGCAGUGGGACUGGAACACCUGCGCCUACCACGACUCAGAGCCCCGGAACGUCUUGCAGCACUGUACCCGUCACUUUCGAUCAUAAGGUCACGACUGUCGUGGGCCAAACGGUCAAGGUCGUAGGCUCCAUCGCAGCCCUCGGCAAUUGGAGCCCAUCCUCAGCACCAGCGCUAUCAGCUUCAAAGUACACUUCGGCCAAUCCCCUUUGGACCACAACUCUCAACCUGCCGAUCGGUCAGUCUUUCGAGUACAAGUUCGUUGUCGUGGAGUCGAACGGGGCAGUCAAGUGGGAGAGUGACCCCAACCGCGCGUAUUCAGUCCCAAGUAGCUGCAAUGCGGUGACUGUCAGCGGUACAUGGAAGCGAUAG